AUGCCGGAUUGGAGUUUUCCUCCGAGUGGCUGCAAGGACCUCCUGGGGGGAGUGCGUAAGCAGCUAGUGGAGUACCUUUUCCACAUCAGAGCCCCGUUGCGAUUGCGGGCCCAUGUGGAGUCCGAGAGCGAACUCCCUCUGUUUACAGAGACUGAGGUUCAGCAGUUCAGGGAGAUCUGGCAGCAAUGGUUCAUGCAACAAGGUGUGCAAUCAAUUGAUUGGAGCGUGGCUGAGCAUCAGCAUUACUCGCUGCUGGCUUUGCAAAGCCUUUCUCGAACUUUGCAAGAUAGAGAUGAAGAACUUUUUCCAGCAUUGAUUGCGGGCGUUCCUACAGGCUUCUUCUCGGAUAUCCCGUCCAGUCAUGUUUUCGUUCCGGGGCACAAGGAUGAUUGUGCAGAAACCCCGACGGAGCUCGUGAUCUGUGAUCGCAACUGGAAGGGGGCCAGGGAUAAUCCUAAAAUCCUUUCGGAAUUGAUUGAUAAGGAGAUUGCAGAGGGUUUUCUUGAAGAGCUUGAUCUUGCUUCAGCUCAGCAGCGUUGGGAGAACAUCGCAGUUGCAACGCUCAACGUGGUCUUGGCGGACAAUCGCAAGCCGCGCUUAAUCAUGGAUGGGACGGUUUCUGGGGUCAACUCGUCUUGCUUCUUGAAUGAGCGCUAUUGUCUCCCCUCGCUCAAAGACGUGCGAUCUGCAUUCCCGCUGCGCAUGAACAAUGAGGACCUGUCAGCAUUCAGCUUGGACAUUCGUGCGGCUCACAAAACGAUUCGCAUUCGGGAAAAGGACAGGGGUUUGGCAGGGAUCAAGCUUGAAGAUGGAAGGCACCUGUGGUACCGAGUGUGCCCGUUCGGCACAGGGUUCAGUGCUCUGUGGUGGGCGCGAUUGUCUGCUUUCAUGAUCAGAACCUUUCAUCUUUUGAUCUGGUUGUGUCACGCUUUAGGCAUCUUUGUCGACGACCUAUUGCUAUGGCAAGGUGACAAAGCAAUCGAGAUCUCAGGCUGCCUCAUCCUCAGUUUUUGCCAAGCUUACAAUGGACGUUCAGUCUGCCAACCGACAAGAUUGAAAAAGUUUCUUCGAUCAGUGCGGGUGGUUCUGCGACCGGGCAAUGUGGAUCGUUGCGAUCUUGAAAAAACGGUGGGUCUACUUCAGUGGGUGAGCCAGAUCUCUCCUGAACUCCGCCCAUGGAUGGCAUUCCUGUAUGCGGAUCUGCAUAGACCUGUGGCAACAAACCAUCAUAUUGACUCCGGGGAGUGGCACUUGCUGCACGAGUACUUGGAUGCCAACAUGCGGUUCACUAGCCAACCUCCGGGCACUGCUAUUCCACGGGGUGCUCGUCUCUUGUCGGCAAGGCACAUUGAAUUGCACACAAAGCAGGACUUGGCGAAAGUUCCGCUGACUUCACGUCGGAUCUACAUGCGGAUCUCCGAUCCCAGAUCCCAAGCGCAGGAUUUCAGAGUGCAGCCGCAAGUUCAUGGAAUUUUGGGAGUCGUGGUGCUUGCGCAGCCCAUUGGAGCAGUGCCUGCACCUUCCUCCACGGGCUCACCCGUCUUAUGGUUCAGCGAGCGCUUUGAGAAAUCGGAUUUCGAUGGUUUGAACAUCCCUCUCGACAAUAACACGCAGAAGAACAUUGGUUGCUGGGAGCUCCUGGCUCAGAUUGCUCUUGCUCUUCUUUUUGCAGAGACUUGCCCGGGCGGACGCUGCAGGAUUCAGCUACGUACUUUCUGCGACAAUGCUUCGGCGCAGGCGUCAGCAAAUCGUUUGAUGACGACAUCAUCCCCGCUCUGUUUCUUCGCCCAGCAACUGGCAUUUGUCGCCUUUCGGCAUGGGAGUACCCUGGAUGUGCACCACAUUUCAGGCUUCCGGAACGAGGAGGCAGAUUACCUGUCCCGCUGGAACGGCACGGACCCUCUGAUGCCCGAGUUCGCUGAAACCUUUCGCUAUCGCUACCCAGUCAAGCGCAUGUGGCAGUCUGACCAUGAUGUGCGGGUGUUCCCUGCGGGAACGUGUACGCCAAUUGGGAAGGCCGUGCCAGCGGACUCCGCUCCGGCCACAGCCUGGAAAGCCUGCGCAGAGGUCAUCGCCCCAGCUUGUGUUCAGACAAUCAAAGCAGAGCUGCGCGUGCUCGGCGGGGACAGGUUCAUGGUGCGACAGCGGAAGGAAGACGGCCAGCCCGCACAAGAAGCGGGAGGCUGCCUGCUAUCAGUAGACCUUAGCCAAGCAUUCGAUAGAGUCAACAGGUCGAAGCUUGACAGAGCACUUGCGGCACACGAGGUGGACGCAGAAGUGCGCUCCACAGUGGCAGCCAUCCACGAUGGUGCAGCAUACCAGGUGCGCGACCGAUUCCAGCAAACAGGGGUAACAACCAGUCAGGGGAUUCGCCAGGGGUGUAGGCUUGCUCCGGCCUUAUGGGCUGUGCUGUCAUCCCAGGUUCUUAGAGACAUGGCAGACCCCACGCAGAACCUCUUGACCUUGCCCAUUACAUUAUUCGCUGACGACCACCUUGCACACUGGGUCCUUCGGUCCGUGGAGGAUGCCAGACAAAUGGAAGCAUUUAUCAUCACACUCUUCAGGACUCUUGAGUCAUAUGGGCUGAAGGUAAACCCGGAGAAGUCAAGCUUAGUCAUCCGCGUCCAGGGAACACAGCUUCGCAAAUUUGUCCGUAGCAGAACGGUACAUGUCAAACACCAGCCACACUGGAGGCUCCAGGAUGGAGAGACGGAGCAUCUCAUUCCUAUGUGUGAGACUAUCACGUACUUAGGCACAAAGCUCUCCCUUAAGGAUAGCUCGGACCCAACCUUUGACUUCAGACUUGCAGAAGCAGCGUCCAAGGUCACCGCGCUCCGGAAGAGCAUCCGAAGUCGCAAGAGCCUUUCAAGGCCCCACAGAGUUCGCAUCUGGCAAGCUUGCGUGGUUAGCAGUGCCAUGUACGGUCUGCUGACGACACAGUUCAAUGGACACAUGGUGGCUCGGUUGAGGGCCUGGUUUCAUAGACAGUUGAGAGCAGUGGUCAACAUGCCUGCACACCUCACUAAAGUCAAUAACGAGGACCUCCGGGCUCAGCAUAGCCUUAAAGACCCCAUCCAGGCACUCCUAGACCGCAUUGACCAAAAACUUGACAUGCUGCGGAGCGAACACGGUGAUCCUGCCGUUAGAGGACCCGGCAUUAUCUCUUUCUGGGAGACCACCAAAGAGACUCUACAGAGAGCGGCCACCAAUCCCACCAGUGCCAUCCUCACAGAGACCCAGACCAGAGGAGAAUUCCCGUGUCCCACAUGUGGUCUCUACUAUUACUACCCCACUAAGAAGGCCCUGAGGCAGCACCAGGCAUUGAGACACGGCCAGAUCCAAGCGGACAAGGUCGCCAUGGACUAUCGCCCUGAAGACCACUCCACAGGAGGCAUGCCACAGUGCCGACACUGCAAGCAGAAGUUCUACAACUGGCAAUCACUACAGGGACAUAUCACUCUCAAUGUCUGUGGAUGGCAUCACGCACCCCCUAAGGCCUCUGUACCAGAAGAACAUCCGCAACCCACGGACCCUACGCCAGCACAACUUCACACGCAGAAUGCAGAGGAUCGGUGUUCUCCUCCUCAACCAGAACCACCUGCGUCCAGGGAGGCCAAUGUCUCCGCCCCAGAUGAUGCAACUUUCUCUCAGCCUUUGUUACGUCAGGAUGAGGUUCUACAACAUCUUCAGAACCAGGGCGGUAUACUCACACAGGCAGAGCUGCAUAAAACCGUCCUGCGACAGCACUGUGGCUUCUGCGGCAGAUGGAUAGCUGAUGCUGGAAUGAUCAAAACACACAUCCUACGUACUCAUGCUGACCUUGCCAGUCUCAUCAAUGCAGAUCUACAUCAAGCCUGUGCGCAGUUUAAGCAUCUGCUCAAACGUGAUCAACAAUGUGACUGGUGCCAGCGUAAGGUGCAUGGAGCGGAGAGACAUAGCUCCCAAUGCCCUGUGCUUUUUCAGCUACUCCUGGCAAAGGCACAACGACAAGCGGGCUCCGCGUCGACCAGCCUCACCCUUCCGACCGCAUGGCCCAUGCCAAUGCCAGCCACUCAGCGCAGCAUCGCAGACUGUCUAGCGAAUCCACACAGUGACGACAACCACGGGAUGCUUCGAGAGAUGGCGUCGGUAGCCAAGCAAAACUGCCUCCUGUGGAGAACCUGUCCCGGAUAUACAAACCUCAAAACCAAACAUGAACCGCAGCACGAGGCCACGAUGAAGCUGGCGACCUCCGAGGCCCUACUAGCAGCAAGCAUUGAGAGACCAUGCCUAUGGUGCAAUGUGCAUUUUCAGAAGUCUGCUCGAGCACACAGGGGUAAGUGCCUGCCUCUUCUGCAGCUGUGCCUGCGACAUGACUACAACAGCCACCCGAAACGGGCCAGAGAGCAAGAGGAGGAGGACGAGUUCUGGAUGGACGUCGACAACCUCGACGAGGCCGCCAUGAGGAGCAUCCUCAGGGUGUUGCUCAAGGCGGUCUCGAGACACGAACACCAGAUGGCGAUGCUGGAAGCCGAUCGCAGCUUCGUGUUCUUCCUGGAGACGGGGCCUCACGGGAUGGUGGGACUGUUGGCGCAAGCCAGUCAAAACUGGCACCAACAGUUCGAACUGGGCAACAUCAAGCAGUCGCUCAGGUCCACGUUGUGGGGGGUCCUGCUGAUGGAGUGGCAGGCUCGGCUGGAGAAGAUCGAGACGGACACGCAGGCCCUGCAGACCGCGGAGGCAGCCGGUUGGAUUUCGCGGUCUCCGCUCCAAUGGGCUUACACGGAAUGGCAUGCAGAGCAGCAGAAGGCACUCCCUUCCAGUCGCGACAAUCUCACUCACGACAAUGCGAAGAAAGCAGUGGCCAGGCUGCUCAAGCUCACGGCGAAGGAUGGCACCGUUCACAGGUUUCAGAGUCUCAAACCCCUAAAACCAGAGCUCCAAUCAGAAGUGAUCGUGAUGUUGCUCACGCUCACCAUUCACCAACACGCAGCGGAGAUCUACGAGGACUUGAACACGCUCGCAAACAACAGCGCAGGCAAGAUCAUCGGCAUGCGCCUCCGAAGGGAAAGGGUCGGAAAGUCAGCACUGGCGAAGGAGCUGGAGCGCCUGCAAAUCUGA